UAAGAGAAGCCCUCCGACGAAGGACCCAGCUAGGAGCGAAAUUCAAAUUUUCAAAACAAGCCCUCGGAGUGCAGAAACAUGUCCGAUCGUCUUCGGCUACGGAAGGGAAAACCAUUCUGUUUCUAAAAUCGGUGUACAACUAUAUACAAAUAAAUAAACCUUCAAUAUCAACACAACAUAUUCGCAGUUCAGUUGAGCAUAUCAAUAUUUCGGUUCUGUUGAAUGUGAAGGAGGAGAAAAGUAACUCUCAUAUUGGUGUUUGGCUUCACAAGUUGUAAAUAUUAGUUUAUCAUGGGUGGCACAGAUGCUGGGGAAAAAAAUGAGAGCCUGUCUCCGGACACCAGAAAGGGAUCCGAAGCGCCCAAGCCUCCUUGUUCCGUUGAAGACUUCACGAUUGUGAAACCCAUAAGCCGCGGGGCGUUUGGGAAAGUAUACCUGGCGAGAAAGAAAAGCACCUCGAAGCUCUACGCCAUAAAGGUUGUCAAGAAAGCAGACAUGAUCAUUAAGAACAUGGUGGACCAGAUGCAGGCCGAGAGAGAUGCCCUGGCUCUCAGCAAAAGCCCAUUUGUUGUAAAUCUGUAUUAUUCUUUGCAAACAUCUAAAAAUAUCUACCUGGUAAUGGAGUACCUCAUUGGGGGAGAUGUUAAAUCUCUUCUUCAUAUAUAUGGUUACUUUGAGGAAGAAAUGGCAGUUAAGUACAUCUCGGAAGUUGCACUAGCUUUGGACUAUCUUCACAGACACGGCAUCAUACACCGGGACCUGAAGCCAGAUAACUUGCUUAUUUCUAAUAAUGGACACAUAAAGUUGACAGACUUUGGUCUGUCCAAAGUGAACCUUAAUAGAGAGAUAAGCGUGCUGGAUAUCAUGACAACACCAUCCCUAGUAAAGCCGAAGCAAGAUUAUUUUCGUACCCCUGGACAAGUGUUGUCACUUAUAAGCUCAUUGGGCCUUCACACCGCUGAAAGGAGGGCAGCAGUAACUGCUUCAGCACUUGCAAGCCCCUUGACUUGGGAGAAUAUGCAGCGUUUCAGAGGGUCGCCGUCGCCUUGCUCUCCAAUGCUGAAAAGAAGCAAAGAACCCUUUCAUCAUUCUCCUGUUUGCAGUACCAAAAAACUCCAGAUAUCUUGCCCUGUGAAUUCCACUUUCAGUCCUGGUGUUCCAGCUAAGUGUCUCACCCCAAAGUUCUUGUCGAGAAAAAGGUGUGCAACCUCCAGUGCCAGCAGCCAGUCCUACCUCUUCCCCUCCACCACAGAUUCAGAAAGCUGCACCAGUCCACUGUGGGAGGCUGAUCUGCAGGAAACAGAGGGGAUAGAGAACUUGCCAAAUCCUUUUGGCUGUGAUGGAAUUGCCACGGUAAUACCUGGACAAUGUAUUGCAACGAAGUUACCCGGGAACAACGGAAUUAGUGACUUAAGGAAAGUGGACAGGCACUCCGUGCUUGCGCCCAUCGAUAAUCUUGAGAGAGGAAACCCUGAAUGCAGCUCAAAGGGUCAAGGCAGAAAAUUCCAUUGUGAAAGUGAGAACUGGGAACAAAAAAAGCUGCAGUUUAACAAAACGGAGUCUGUUACAACACCAAAAAGAAAUGCAGCAGUUAAUCACCAAACACCACGCCAAGUUACUUCUCAUUGUAUGUCACCCUUAGCAAAAGCUGCUGCAGCUGCUGCUGGUGACGCUGGUCUUCAAGAAGAGCAUGGUAAGAAGAUGGGAGCUGGGAAAAGAGGCUUUGAGCUUGUAGGCAAAAGUCCUGACCGGGUUUUUAAUCAGGGUAAGAGAAGCAAUGCUGAGUAUAAACGAGGGUGUCGACUACCAGAAGCAAAGUGUAACUUCAGCACUGGCUUAACCAUGGAGAUAGAGGCUCUAAUGCUUCAAGGCACCAGAAGCGAGACAGCGGAAGAGAAAAAUGUUCCUGUUAUUAAAAACCUGCUGUGUGAGCUAGAUGAAACCGGUGACAGGGGUAACCUCAAAGAAGCUAUGAACUCUAGUUUUUUGUCGGUGGAAGAGAAUGAUAGACAGCUGAGGAGAAAUCUGAGUCUGGGCUCUGAUUGCUCGCUUAAUGAGAUGUCAUUUAUCGAAAACCAGCUUGAAAACGAAAUAGCAGAGCUGGACAAAAGCAUGAAAGAUGUGUCCUUUGAGAAUUCCACAGCUGAAGACAGUGAAGGCUCACCAGUUUAUAGAAGGGCCAGUGUACCUGCUGCCGAUGGUCCAAACUCUCUCGACCUCACUGGGGAGCCGAUCAGAAAAAGCAACACAGAAAACUUUUUUGAUUGCCAGCCAUUGCAAUCCUCAGUGGCAAUGAAACCUCCAGCCAUCUUAAAACACAGGAACGUUGUGGUAUUUCGAAGUUACUGCAGCUCGAUAAACAGGUCAAACGUGUCGGCUGCCUCGCGAAUGAGCAUGGGCUCCAUGGAAGGGAUGGAAACCUCUGCAGGUUCCUUCAGUGGUUUGACCAUGGCUGUUACCCCAGCACAGACGGGCAGGGCAGCCAGAACAUCUGCUUCACUGUGUCAGACCCCUGGGCAGACGUCCUCCCAGACCCCUUUCAGAACACCGAAGAGCGUGCGCCGAGGACCAGCUCCAGUGGAAGGAGAGCGCAUCCUGGGAACGCCCGACUACCUGGCACCGGAGCUGCUUAUAGGAAAGCCUCAUGGUUUUAUGGUAGACUGGUGGGCUCUUGGUGUGUGUCUGUUCGAAUUUCUGACUGGAGUUCCUCCAUUCAAUGACGAAACUCCCCAGCAAGUUUUUCAAAACAUACUCAACAGAGAUAUACCUUGGCCAGAGGGUGAAGAAGAAUUGUCGCAGGAUUCAAAGUUUGCCAUAGAGGCCCUGCUGACCACUGAUGUUGCUCAAAGGGCAGGGCUAAAAGAGCUAAAACAACAUUCCCUUUUUGAUGGUCUGGACUGGGAUAAUCUACAAAACCAGGCGAUGCCCUUCAUACCCCAACCGGAUGAUGAAACCGACACUACCUACUUUGAAGCCAGAAACAAUGCCCAGCAUCUUACUGUUUCUGGUUUUAGUCUAUAGUGUAUAUACAAACUAUUAGUGUGUAAAAUGCGAAGUAUAAAUUCUUCUUGGAACCUCAGGAAGUAUACAAGGAGAAAGGAGGGGGGUAGAAACGUAGUAUCUACUGCCAACUUUGAACUUAAGCUUUCAAAUCUAUUUAGAUCUGGGAUGUGCAAUUACAACAAACCCCACACUACUGCCCACUGCUUACCCCCGAAAAUAUUCUGUUGGAUAAGUGUUGUUCCAAACUCAUGUUUUGGGCAUGGUGUCAUACAAAGGAAUCGUGUAUCUGUAGAUUCUAGACUCUUAAAACAAGAAAUCAAAUUUUAACACUACAAAAAAAGAAAAGUAAUUCCACCCUUUCAGACCUUUAGAACGUUUCCGCAUCAUUGUCAAGGUGUGGUGUGAGGAAGUCAAUAGAUUAUAAUAGAAAGGAAAAUUGAGUUUGAAUUGGGAAGGGAAUGGUUCAAAUAAAGUAUUGUAUGCAGGAAAAUAAGGUUCUAUCCAGAAAUGUAACCCUAAAUGUACAUUGUUGAAAAGCAAAAAAAAAAAAGGUGCAGCUUUACAGUGAGCAAUGAGUAGAUCUACAUGUACAGUAGGCUCUGAUUUUGUCUUAAAUCUCUAAAAACAUUUCACACAUUGGGCUAAAGUGACAAAGCUAUUUACUCAUUCAUCAUUACCAAUUACCAAUUUUUUUGUCAGGAGAAACGCAUCCAAUAAAGCUACCAAACCAGAAAUAAACAAAUAAGACUUUUCAUUCAAGCCCCUGAAUUAAGUAUUACAUUGUUUCUUAUUUGUUUUACUGUAGAUGUUUAAUUGCUAUUUUUUUCCAUUCAGGAAAAAAAAAAACAUGCUAAUGGUUUGGAGUAAAUAUCUUUGAGACUCUAGCCCAUUGUGUUUUCUGAACUCAAAUGGUUUUCCUUAAUCAAAUUAAUUGCCUUAAUUCUAACCUAAAAGCACUUUCUUUUUCAAUAAACACUGUGUAAGUAAUCAUAACUAAUUGAAUAUUCAUUUUAACACCAGUUUUCUUUAUUAUUUACUGUGUGUAUAUCAUAUAGAUAUACAUGUAGAGGUGCACAUUGUUCACUGCAGUGCAGCUGCUAAAGCAUGGCUAAUAUAUUCUUGCUGGAAACUACCGUAAUAACGCGAAAUAACGCACUGUCUUGUAAUAAAGCAAUACAUAUUAUUUUCCUUGUUGUCCUUUUAUACAGGUCUGUGCCUUUUUGUGGAAUAUAUAUUGAAUCUUUUAAGAAAAUAUUAAAAUGACCUAAGCAUGUGCACAUUUAAAGGCUCAUGCUGCUGUUUUAAUGAUAUUAAAGCCUUUAACAAAGCUAA